CCAGUGCCCGCGAUAUGCCCAUGUCCACAAAGCGAGCGGUAGGUUUCACGAGACGCCAUUUUGUAUUUUAAAACGAGGCUUGAGUCUCAUGAUAGUGCACCAAGAUGACUUACUGCUGUGUACCGGGUUGCACACACUGCACGCGUAGUGUCCGUAAACAGUUUUCCUUUCAUCAACUUCCCACAACGAGCCAUGGCAUGCGAAUGGAAUGGAUCUACAGAAUAAGACACAAUGCAUGCAAGAACGGUGCUACUGCUAAUUUCAAGGUUGGAAAGAAUACAAGUGUAUGCUCAGCCCAUUUCAAGCCAGAGGACUUUUCGAGAACACUUAAUGGACGUUGGAAGCUGAGACCAGGGGCUGUACCAUGUAUUUUCCCGGAGAGUGCACCAAAGAGGCGAAGGGUUGGCCGGAAGAAGAAAACCUCAAGCGAGGCUCUAACAAUCAGCUGUGAUGACAACCAAACCAGCCAGGCAAUCGGCAACAAAACUGGCGAACCGAAACUCAACACAACCAGCCAACUGAAAGGCAACAAACCCAGCAAAUCAACAGGCAACAAAACGAGUGAUGCAUACCGAAACAAAACAGACAAAUUGGAAUGUAACAGAAAACCCGAUAAAUUGGGCAGCAACAAAAUUGGCAAAUCAGAAGCCGGCGAAAGUGGCAUUCAGUCAUUGCACCAUGACCACACCUACCCUGAUCAACAGAAUCUGGAAAAGAAACAGACUAUGCCCGAUGAGAGGUUGAACCGUUUGGAGAGCAUCUUAGAGAGGCAAGAGAUUGAUAGAUUCGGCAUCCAGCGCAUCACCUCCGACCCAGCAAUGCUGCACUUCUACACAGGCUUCGCUGACUACAAAACCUUCAAGGCCAUUUAUGAGAGCAUACAACCAUCCGCGGAAAACAUGAUGGGUUGGUUGCAGGACAUAAGGAGUGAGGCAACCCAGGGGGAUUCCCUUCCCCUGGUGGACCAGUUUCUCAUGUUCCUGUGCCGAGUCAGAGCGGACCUGUCCGAGCGAGAACUUGCCCUGAGGUUUGACCUAUCCGAGGAGUCCGUGAACAGUGUGGUCGCAUCGUGGGCCAGUUUGCUCUACUUUGCUUUUAGCUCUCUAGUCAUCUGGCCCCCACGGGACCAAAUCCAGAAGAACUUGCCAGAAUUUGUCAAAGCCACGUACUCUAAAGCAAGGGUCGUACUGGAAUGCAGCGAGGUGAGGGUGGAGAUCCUGAGAUCAAAGGCUUCACCCCUGGAGUCGACCGAAGCGAGCUGUUCAAGUCACACCACAUUAAAAGGUCUGGUUGGUUUGACACCAACAGGCUCCCAUUCAUUCAUCAGUCGGCUCUACGCCGAGGGAGUAUCGGACCAAGAUAUCACCACCAAAUCAGGAAUCCUUGAUCUCCUAGAAAAAGGAGAUCAAGUCCUAAUGACACACGAAGGCUUCCCCAUGGAAAAGCUCUUACGAGACAAGGGCUGCACUCUCGCGGUCAUCCCUCCUUUCCUGCGAGACAGAACACGGUGUGAUGCGCGCAGCAACAUCGCGCCAACGUACCAGAUCGCGAGGUUGAGAAUACACAUCGAGCGUGUGUUCCGACGUCUGAAGGAGUUCCACAUAUUUGACGGGGUGGUGCCAAGUGGCCUCGCUGGUGCUGUGAAUCAGAUCUGGACAGCAUGCUGUAUCCUCGCCAACUUCCAGGGAAAAGUACUUUGAAACUGUAGCUGCAAACAGAACACACUGAUUCAUGAAGCCCGUCCCAUGUUUUGACCAAUCACACUCAGUCACAGCUGUGGUUAAUGCUGGACAUGCAUUGAGAAAAGUCUGACACGCAUGCCACACUGGAACCUGCAGUUGUGCCAUUGGAGAGGCACAUGUGCGCAACGGGUGGGGCUUACUGGAUUGGUCUAUCUAGCAAGGGAACAUUAAAAAUUUGUGAUUUUAAUUUUAUUUUAACAAACUAAUAAUGGAACAACUUCGAAUGCUUUUUUGUAGAAAACCAACAUUGAAACAUGAAAAAAUAUAGGCUACGCAAGUAAAAUAGUUCCAAAUAGUUCUGUUUUAGGGCUGUGCAUAGGAACCGGGUACCCGAGUACCCGACCGUUGAUGUCAGGAACCGGUUCCAGAUUAUGGGAUCGGGUAGCCGUAACCAUCUUAACAAAUUACUUAUUAACUUCUUAGACAGUAAAAAAGAAAGGCUUUGAGCGUCAUUUGUGGGGAAUUUUCAAAAUGAAAACCAAGCUAAAUGGGAAAACAAAGCAUAUUUCACGUUAAUGACGCUCACGAAAGUUGCAGUUUACCCCGUAAAGCUAUAAGCUUACUGUACACACUUUUAUCUUGCUGUAUUGAUGUACUGGUGUGAUUUAGAAUGGCUAAUCACUGGAAGUCUUUUCGUGCAUUUGGUGUGCACAGGGGAGACAGUCGGGAAGUCAGUCAGUCAGUCAGUCAGUGAGAUUGGCGCAAAGAGAACACAAGGAUUGCCGAAGGUUUUUUUUUCUUCUCAAUUUCCGGUAUUUGUUGAUAUUUUAAAUUUUUGAUUUAUCUACUACAAUUUUCUAAUGAAACAGUGUAAAAAUCAUGGAUUCAAAGUGUUUUUAAGGAAAUACAAUUGGCACCUUUAUUCUCAUGACUACAAAACUGGUCAUCAAAACUUUUAGUGGCCUUUUUUCUCACUAUUUUACUUUUCUGACAUGUUGAUAAAAGCGAACUGUAAACAGCCAUAACUUGUCAACAAAAUAUCUGAUUAAGUGCAUCAAACAGUAUUGUAAGGAGGAUUAUAUUCCUAAUACCUGCAACCAUAUUGAUGAAUGUUCUCAAUCAUCCAGGUAGUUGAAUAUUACACUGAAAUAAUAUAAUCUAGUAAACUGGACUUAAUAUUUAAACUUGCGACUUGAAUAUUUACAGUACAAACCCUCAUUUCGACCUCUGCCCAGUUCUGUCUCAUUUUUCCUGAAUGCCUCACAUUUUGCACAUUUUUUUUUUUUUUUGGCUUGGAAUUUACUAAAGGCUUUUUUUUGUACUGAACGAGAAUCAAUCUUCUCCCCCGACCCCCAAACUGGCCAUGAAAGUUAUGUUUUUGGAGCUCUUGAAAGGUUUUCCAUCCUCGAAGAUGGCUGUCUAGGUAGCUUGAUACAAUGUGCCUUACUCUAAGUCAACAGGUUUUUUUUUCUGGUUAAGGGUAAGAUGACAGUACUGAUGUGUCUUUUUACAGUGGCAAAAUAUGAAUGGCCAUCUUUGAUGGAGUGAGUUGUGAAGAUAGGAUCAUUGAUUAAUAUAGACGAUUUCAUGGAUACUGCCAUCUUUGUGCUCACUUGGUAAUCUUUAUGGGCAUUUUAUUUAAAAUAUGUCCCAUCAUGCUCGGGAUACUGUGGCAUGAUGGGAUGUGUUUAUAUUGAAAUGCUCCCUGAGAUUAUCGCGUUACCGCUUAGAUUGCGGUAUUCAUAAAACAUGACUUUUGAUGUUGCAGACAAAAUGACACUGAUGGAUAUAUAUCCUUUGACACCUGUACAAUAAAAGAUUUGGAUUUCCAUAAUCA